GAGGCCCUUUUUCCUCACUUAUUCGCCAUUUUGAUUCUUGAGAGCAGAGAAAUGUGGGGCGGCGACGAUAUAAAUGCGCACACGGAGAUAUAUAUGGAGGAAUGUGGGAGCAUCGGAGGUGAGGUUACGGCGCUGAAUUUGGAAAGGGAGGAAAUGGCGAAGGAGAUGAGUAAGGAUCAGUCACAGUUUCAUCCAUAUGCAUUUCAAGCUUCAGGACCACGCAAUGUUUCUACUCCCAGUUGGAGAGACCUCAUCAACUCCAGUUGGAAGAAUGGCAAUUAUAAGAGAACAGUGAUGGCUUGUUUUGUACAAUCAGUUUACUUGCUUGAGCUAGACAGGCAAGAAAACAGGAAAGAAGGAAACGCUCUUGCUCCAAAUUGGUGGAUACCCUUCAAAUACAGACUGGCUGAGACCCUAACAGACGAAAGAGAUGGAUCUAUAUUUGGGGCGGUAUUCAAAUGGGAUCGAGCAGCAGCUUUGGCUGAUCUCGUGCCUAUCAGACCGAGUGGUGCCCCAACUGCUGUUUUAGCGCUGAGAGGGACACUUCUCAAAACCCCAACAAUGAGAAGGGAUAUCCAAGAUGAUCUACGCUACCUAGCUUGGGAAAGUUUAAAGGGAUCUGUGAGGUUCAGUGUAGCUCAAAGAGCGCUCAAGUCGCUUGCUGGCAUGUAUGGAAGCAGGAAUAUAUGCAUUGCUGGGCAUUCACUCGGGGCUGGCUUUGCUCUUCAAGUAGGGAAAACAUUAGCCAAAGAAGGAAUAUACAUAGAGGCACAUUUGUUCAAUCCGCCCUCUGCCUCACUGGCUAUGUAUAUGAGGAAUAUCGGAGAAAAAGCUCAUUUUGGUUGGAACAAGUUGAGGUCAAUGCUACCUUUAAGUUCUGAUCAAACUCGGACUAGCUCAGAAGAAUCUGCAGCAAAAGCGUUGCAGUUAGGCCUUGGACAAUGGGUGCCACAUCUGUAUAUAAACAACAGUGAUUACAUUUGUUGCUAUUACAUUGAUUCAGGCGAAACACAGAACAACCUGCAGGCUGCAGGCAAGGUGAAUAAUGCUAGGACGACAAAUGCUCAAGUUGCUGCCAAACUUUUCCUGUCCUCGUCGAAAGGGAAGCAGAAGUUUCUAGAGGCACAUGGACUCGAGCAAUGGUGGUCCGACAACUUGGAACUCGAAACUGCCCUGAAUAACAGCAGGCUGAUUAGCCAGCAACUGAAAUCCUUGUAUAGUAUCCCUGCUAGUUCUUUACAAACACAAGGAAAACGCUAAGAGGCAGAGAAGUGGAAACUAGCUAGAAAUAGAAAGUUUGCGCAUUCCACUUCAUCAUUUGACAAGUAACUCCUUUGUAAUUAUAAUGCUUCAUUAUCUACCGUUUGAAAACAGGAAAACGAACUACACAUGGUGAUUUCCUAGUACUGGAUUUGGUAAUUAUCAUCAAGAAA